AUGUCCAGUUACGAGAAUCCUUACUACCAAGGUAAUAAUUCAUUCUAUCAGGAUGGUUUCUAUGCGACGAAUUACGAUCAAAACGCGUCAGUGCCGUUUGAAAAUUAUGGCCCUCAAAAUGGCGGAGGGAAUUCGAACGGUGGAUUUUACAACAACUAUUACAAUGGAAGCAAUCAGUUUCAAUCGCCUUACACGGGGAACAUGAAUCAAGGAAUUACGCAAGUCGAUGAAGCCCAUGGCACAGAUUUUGGCGAUGAACCGCCAUUACUCGAAGAGUUAGGGAUCAACUUCGAACAUAUUUGGCAGAAGACACUUUCAGUUUUGAAUCCGUUUAAAACGACUGAUUCGCAUAUUAUGGAUGACACGGAUCUUACAGGACCUCUACUGUUUUGUCUGGCAUUUGGAGGUUUCCUGCUACUCCAUGGUAAAGUUCAGUUUGGUUAUAUCUACGGUUUUAGUGCGCUGGGAUGUGGGGCCAUGUAUAUUGUUCUUAAUUUGAUGAGUCUCACUGGAGUGUCCGUCGGAUGUGUUAUAAGUGUCCUUGGUUACUGUCUGUUGCCCAUGGUGGGAUUGUCUGGUGUGUCACUGGUUAUGUCACUUCAAGGAUAUCUUGGAUCAAUUCUCACAGCAGUUGUAAUUGGUUGGUGUAGCUUGUCAUCAUCAAAACUAUUUGUAACAGCACUUGCAAUGGAUUCUCAACAGCCUUUGGUGGCAUAUCCUUGUGCCCUAGUGUAUGGAAUUUUUGCACUGCUGACUGUGUUUUGAGUCUGUUCAAGAAAAUCUUUCUGAUUGUAAUUAUAAAGUUAUAAAACUCCAUAUGGUCUAUGCCUGCCCUCCCCCUCUGCGAAUGAGACAAAAAAAUAUCUUAGUUGGACACCAGACAAUUUCUUCAAGGAGGAAACUUGAAUUAGUCUUCUACUCGUAGGCAAGUGUCAAGAUAUGCAGUGAAUUAUAACACUUCAGCUCACAACUCCAGAAAAUAAAUUACUUCUCUGUUGGCUAAUUGUGCCAAUUUUGAGUUCAGGAACAUAUCUAUGCAGGCAUAUUCUAGGAAUUCACCUUGUUUUUUCCAAAUCUGUUUACCUGUCUAUUGUAUUAAAUUUGAAAGGUUUAUUCAUUGUCUUCGGACAAAAAAAGCUCAUGGAGAAAAUGUUGUCAUUUUUACAUGAGAACAAUUGUUGACUGUCAGGUUCAAGGGGGUUCUUGAAUUCAAAUUAUAUUGUCCCUUUGGACUGUUAGAGCAAAAACUGUAGUUUGUGAAUGCAUUUCGCAGCAUCUUACAAUUAUUAGCAAUUUAUUCAUUAGGGAAUCAAGUUUGUCCAAUUGAUUUAAGUAUUUAUGCAUUUUGCCUACAUUUUCUUUUAUUAAGCUAAAUAUGAAAACUAAAUCUAAAAAUAUCUUCAAAGUCCUCCCAAAGGGGAUUAAAUAAUUUACAUCUGGCAAGAAGAAUGCUGUCUACAAUGCCUAGGUCUAACGUUCCCAUUCCAUGCACUACACUUAAAUUGUUAGCAAUCAAAUGUAGUAGCCAGAGAAUCAAUUGUUGUUUAAAGAGCAUCUUUGCAGCUUCUCUUACUAAGUUUAAUUUGAUUUUAUUUCUUCUUUUGGUAAAUUUCCAUUGAAAGAGCUGCACUAACAACCUAGGAUGUUGCAGUUAAUCACCUAUGCCUUUUGUCUCCCAAGAUCUGCUAGUUAAUUUUCCCCUCAAUCUGUUGUAGGCACAUUUCCUUGUAAAUUAGUUAUUUGGAAAUUUGGUGUUGGAUCUAAACAACAACUUUAACCUGAUAAAAUUUGAAUAUUCUCAGUACCCAUUUGGUGCAUAAUGUAUGAAUAUUAUAGGGAGAAGUUGCAUGUUGAUCACUUCUGGAUUUGAUAGAUGUUGCUUACAGAAGGUAGCAAGUCUAAAAUUAACCUGUUCAAUCAUGUCUGAAAGACAAAAAUUAGCCUAAUUUUUGUUACAGACAGGAACAUUUUUAUGGGGUUUACAGACAGGAACAUUUUUAUGGGGUUUACAGACACUCUUGAAGCCUUGACUAUCUGUAAACACUUUGAGUUAAUGAAUUUAAAGGGAAGAAAAGCCAAAUAUUUAAACUUGAGAAAUUAAAAUGGACAGAAUGAACAAACGUUAGGGUGCAGACAAUUACUUGGUGAAAACCAUAUCUUAUUAUGUUACGUUUAAUCUCAAACCACUUAGGCCAAAAACCUAUUUCCAAACUUUUUUAUUGUUGAGCUAAAUAUAUUCAAACUGUGAGUUUUCUUGUAGUGAUUUUGACAAAUCUAGGUACUGUGUUCAGUGUAUCAAAAUGUUUUUUACAACAAUUGGCAGUAAUGUUGCAAUCUGAUUGGCAAAGUUGAUAUUGUCGAUAAGAAUACAGAAAUGCUGCUUGCAUCAAGGUGUCAGGUAAUGGUCAGGAAAAUUAAUAAUAAGCUUGCACCAAGAUGUUGGUAGUUAUGAACAGCAGGUUGUCUGA